UGAGGGUGUAUAAGAGCCUGAUGGGUUGGCUGUGACUGUGCACUGAGCAGGCUGGCUCAGAGGAGGACACAGAUUGAAUUUUUUUGCUGCAUGGGACCAGGAAAAGGUUGUAAUACUUUAGACUGAAUCGAGGACUUCAUCUCAGUGAAUGGUGAUUUAUUUUUGAUAGGACCCACAAUGGAGCGCAACGGCACAGCUGGAAAACAUGGUGAGUCUGUGUUUCUUUACUUCCAGGAAUUUCCUCAUGUUGUGUUGAUUUUUGCUCUCCAAAACCUUGAUAUCAUUUUAAUUUCUUUCCUACUACAAAACCUGAUUAAAAACAGACAAAUACAUCAAACAUAAAACCACCCAACAACAUGUGUGUCAUGGUUGGUGUUGACACAAACCACAGGUUUAUAUGCUGAUUUUUCUGUGAGGCAAAUAUGUUGGCGGUACUGGUUUCGUUUGUUGUUAGUAAAAGGUCACGUCUUACACAGCAGGAGAAAUGUAUGCUGGUGUAAAUUUUUAACCACAGUCUGAGUGCUCAGUUGCUUACUUGAUGGUGAACUUGUAGCUGAGUCAUACAGAUCUGAAAAAUAUAAAGUAGCUACUGUAGUUUAAUACAUUUCUGAUUCUUAAAAUAACAGAGACAUCCAUUGAGUUUUAAAUGUAUUAAGCACUGAAAAUUACAAAGUUUUAAACCAGUUUCCCAUUAAAAAUAAUUCUCCAUGGGGUGGCGCUGUUUUACAUCUAAUUGAAAAUCCAACAGCAUGUCAACUCUGAUGUUCAAGAUUUAAUCCACCCAUUUUUAAAGCGGGCUAGACAUGCAUCCCAUGUCUUUAUCAAAAUAAAACACACUUGGCCGCACACUAAGACAAGUCUAUAUUCUAUUUUUGAGCUUAUGAGGGAGCUUAUUUGUUGUAUGUAGUUGAAAGGUAGAAGAAAUGACACAUUUACAGUAAGACACCUCUUACUGCAAGGAGCUAAGACUAGCAGUCAUUGUCUUGGGUUCCUAAAUUUAUCAUUGAAUGAAGCCAUAAGUCACUAAUCACUACUAAUGAAUAAGAUUCUAAGUCUGGCAAGGCUUUAAUAUCGACCAUUGAGUGCCAACAUGCUUGAACAGUACAUGGGUGCACAGCUGUGGACAGCUGCAGUCAUAACAGAGUUAUAGAUGAGUUUAGACCCGCCCCAUGAGGGGGAACCAGCCGACGUGGUGGUGCCUGCUCCUCACACCGAGUACAGGUUCAACUCCGUCUGGAUUUCUUACUCCAAAGUCAGUCUAAGAUGUCGUGUUUACACAGACGUCCCAAAAGGACGAAAUCAGAGGAGCAGGCUUUCCAGGAGCACAUGAGACAAGUUGCUUUGGAGAACGGAAAACGCCUAGGUAAGUGUCCGUGUCCCCCUCUCUAAGGUGCAAACGAGCGAGAACUGAGAGACGCGCGUGCCUACUGUGAUGUGUUGCAAACAUAGACGAGCGCGCGUUCUUCAUGUUUUGAUAACCCGGAUUUUAAACUACACUAAUCUAGUCAGAUUGAAUCAGUUAAACUUGGCAGGAGUUCUUGCCUGGUUAUGGAGCUCUAUAAAGAUAUACAUUCUUUUAUGCUGAGCUGUGAGGAUGCCGUAUACACGUUUCCUCGUUGCCUGAGGCGGUGAAUUCUUUCCUGACAUAAUAACAAUUCAGAGGACGAGUUCCUUUUGUCUACAACAUGAGGGUCAACACACAGAAAAGCCUUCAAAAACUAAAACAGCUCCAUGGUUGGAGGGGGACUUCCCUGUGUAGAGUGUGGCAGCAGAGUUUCACAACUUAUUAGUCAUUUUAUGAGAGAGACAAGCAGAGAACCGGCUGUUUUAAGGCUUUCCAUGGUCUGUGAGGUCUUUGGGCAUAGAUACAUUUAGUAUACUGUUGACCUGUUUCACCAUCAUUUUUGGUUUGGCUCUUACUCCAUUCAACCCUUAUGAACAGGGCAUUUGGAGCAGUUUUUUAGUGAGGAAAACUCUAAUUUUUCUUGAAAAAUCUAAAGCGCAGUCUUAUCUUAAAAUAUACCCAUGCAAAGGACACAGAGUCCUGUAGUAUCUGCAUGAACCUUUAUCACUUCCCACUUCCCCAAGGGUAUUCCUCCCUGUUAUUUAACCUAAUUUCUCCAAACUUCUUGCCCUAGCUUGCCUCACCUUUAAGGGUGCAGCAUGCAAACCAGAGGUUCGAGAUAAGAUCGUAUCCAGUCUUGCAUCUGAAACUGAUUACUUGGCAAAAAGGAAAAGCAACCCUUAUCCUCAUACAGGACUGCUGUAAAGUAGUGGCACAGUAUGACUCAUGUUUAUGAUUCAAGAAGGGUUGUGUGGCUGAAACAUAUCCGUCGUCCUUCGUCUUUUUACUCAAAGCUGUUACUUCCUUCUGGGCAAAGCAGAUGACAUGGAAAGCAAAUGACAAACAAGAAGAAGCUGAGAGUUGCCAACAGAAAGCCUGACUGAGCAGAGGCGGUGUUCAAACUCUGGAGUCCUCCUCCCUGCCUGCAAAGAGGCUCAUAGAUGGCCUCUGUGAGUCUGUGGUGUGAGAUGGAGGAAAAAAUGUUUGUUAUGUUGUGGACCUACCCACAACAUCCCUGCUGAGUUUUGGUGAAUGUUGCUAUCCUCAAAUGCCCUCAGAUGAAAUUAAUCAUUGUCUUUCUUCGCAUUUGAGAACCAUGUUGUGCUUCUUUAUUACAAAAAGCUGUGCACUCAGUCCCGCCUAAAUCUACUGACAAACAUCAACACCACCUCACGCAUGUGCAGAUGGAAAACAAAUACACCAGACAUUAUCCUUGAGCUGACUGUGGCUUCUGACAAUGUUGGAUGUGCAUUAUAAAUCGUGUCACACCCUUCCAAAAAAUCCACGAUGAGCAGAUUUCCUCACCCAAAUGAUAAGCUCCUGGAGAUGCACAUUUGUUGUGAAACAUUAAACCACACUCAUUCGCACCCACAUUUAUCAGCGGAGUAUACAAAUCAAAACAUGGUCGAUAUUGCCAGACAUAUUUGAUAUUAUUAGCUCAGGCGAUGUGGUCAUAAUCUUCACACUGAAUCCUGCUCCAGUGAUUAUUCUUUGACUUUUUUAAAGCCCCACCAAAUGUUGAUUUUAUUUAAAGACAGAACAAUUACAAAUGGAUAACUGGAAAUCUAAAGAUGUAUUGUCAACUUUUCUGCUAAAUAACUCCCUUAUUUUUUUUAAAUGUAGAAAAUUCAAACAUUGGUUGGUUUCAGUCACAUAAAGUCAAAGAUCGACAUUUUUUUUCAUUUGUUUGUUUGUUUUUCCAUUUUUGAUCUUGAAUAAAGAGUUUCUUGGGCGUUGACAAAGGGCUGUCAAAGUAGUAAUUUGCACUCUGCUAAACAGAUAUCAGUCAGAUGGCAGCAGCAGGAAGCAGAGGGACACUGCAGUAGCAUAACUACAGUGUGCUUGAAUGGACAAAACUAAGAUGUUUAAAAAGACAUGCUGAUUUUGGACUGUGACCAUAUUUUGGUAACUGGGUCAGUACUGACAGCCCUGAUUUUGAUCACUAUAAUCACUUGGAAAUCUUGGUCACUUGUGCCCAAUCAUUGGAAAUCAUCGGCAGAAUGGAGCAGGCAGGAGGGAGUGUAGACCCGCAUGAGGGGCUGCAGGUAGAUAGGAGUUGUCUCAGCCGUAGUUCUGUAAGCAAAAAGUCGGCUUUUAUAUUUGAUGCUGGCUGCUAAUGGAAGCCAGUGAAGAGAAAUGAACAUGGAGUGAUGUGCUGUUUUGGGUUGGUUGAACACCAGACAGGCCGCUGUGUUCUGGAUCAUCUGCAGAGGUUUUACUAUGUGCACAGGGCAGUCUGCCAGCAGGGAACUGCAGUCAGUGCAUGAUAUUACAAGAGCAUGUACCAGGAGCUGUGUUUUGUGCUCUGUCAGGUAGGGUCUGAUCCUCCUGAUGUUAUAGCGGGUGAAUCUGCACAACUGAGCGAUCAAAGCCACAUGAACCUUGAAGGUUAGUUGGUCUGGCCAGGCAGAAUUAGCGGGUACACAUUCAUUUGAUCCAAGCAGGAUACUGAUCUGUAUUUGUAAGGAGAGACUGGCUGGAAUGGCAAGAAGCUCAGUUUUAAACAUGUCGAGCUAAAGAGGUUGCAGGUGAACCCAGAAAGAGCUGGGUAUCAUCUGCAUAGCAGUGAUGUGAGAGACCAUGAGAUGAUAAGCUGCCUCCUGCAAGCCAUCGAAUGUUAGAGAAUAAAAGCACAUUGAAAAGAUGUGUUGAUCAAGAUAAAACAAUAUCAUAUCUAAUUCACCAAAUGUUGCCACUCCUGCAGGUUUGGAGGGAGAUCCAGAUCUACAGUUCCUUCUGGCUGGUGUGACGCUGGUGAAGAUCCGCUCACACUCCUGGAAGAAGAACCGCUUCUUCAAACUGCAGGAAGACUGCAAAACAUUCUGGCAUGAAACCCAAAAGCCAUUCAGGAGAAACAAGACCUGUGAGUAUUGUCUUCAGCUGGAAUAUGUGUUUAGACAAAUUUAAAUGUGAGCCAAACAGGUUGUAGAGUAUGUUGUAGAAAACUAGAAUUUUCCUGAAUACUUUGAACUUUAACUCCCUUCUUAUCCUUUACAGCCAUCGUUGCUAUAGGUUGCAAACAUAAACACAAGGAAACUGCAGCUAAAGACACACUGGAAAUCAUUAAUAUGAGUCCUGAGUGUGUGUUUUUUAGUGAAUAUCCUCCUUUAAUUUCUGCUUCAGUGACCCCUGUCAGGGUGUGAAAGUAUUAACCCAUCCUCUGCGCCUCUGGUUGCUUAUAUUUCUUUCCAUCCUGCUGCAGCUACCAGGCCUGAUAACCUCUGCCCUCAGCCUGAGUUUUGAAUAAACAGUAGAAGACAGCAGCGGCCUUAUAGCUCCCAUACAGACACAGCAGAUUGUUACACAUAAUAGUCAAGUGUCGGAGCUGUUUUUUCAACAAACAAGCUCAGGGACCAGCCUGGGGUUUGCAGGCGUUUCCUUGUUUACGGAAGUAAGCUGAAUGUUUUAUUGCUUUCCUGUGGGCUUUAGCAAGAUGCAAUUACCAAUCAGCUCUGAAGUACUUUGGCACAAGGUAAGAGAGUGUGGGAGGAGAGUCUGCGUUGUUUCAGACCAUGUUUGGUAUGACUUUUAUGUGCCAUUGUGGGUUAAAAAUGUUUUAUUCAGGGGAGAGUUCGGUUUCAUUUUCUCAUCCUUUUAAAUUCACUGGCAUAGUUUUAAAUGAACCUGCUUGGACAUGUGUGUCGUGCUAAAUAUCACACAACGAUUUCCUUAAUUUGUUCCUCUCUGAGUUUGGUAUCAAUCCAAAAAAUGCUGCUGACUUUAUCAGUUAUUUCUGAUGACCAAUUUAAAUGACACAGUGUACGGGAGAGAGGUUAAAUAUGGGAACACACUAAAAUCCAACUAUGCAGUAUCCCUCCAUUUUUAAAUUUCCUUUACGUAAGUUGUUUUGGUUUCUGCUCACUACUCCCAUGGCUUAGUUAAUCUACUAAACACGAGGUACCACUCUGAAGGCUAGAAAAGAUAUUUGAUGUUACAAGCUACUAAAUGUAAUGGAGCAUGAUCUUAUAAAGAGGCUAUUUUCCUUGGGGUAUGGUGGACAGAUUAGAAAAAGCCCAAAAGAGCUAAAGUGAUGUAAUGGACUGGUAAUAGUUGACCUUUAAAUUUAUUAGCAUUUAGGGGAUUACAGUGAGUCAGUCUUGUGUUUACAUUUAGUUUUGGCUGAAACAUCAGUCCCUGUAAACUCAGUGUUUCCGUAUAAUCAUAAACUUUACUAGAAGUUAAAAGUUUUCUAAUUAAUCACUAUAAUAUCAGAUUAAACGUUUUUAAGCUUACUCUUGAAAGCUGACAUUACGGUGUCACAUUCUGGGCAGUACUCCAGCAGUUUUCAGUGCCUGUAAAUCAUCCACACUCUGUGGCUGAAAGAGAGAAAAGCCUUGAUUUCUUCCUCUCUUAUUUUCCUCUUUUUUAACACUCUGUGACUGUCAUUUGGAUUGAAACCUCCCUGAGCAAAGCUGAACAUGCUUGUACACUGUCAGGUUCAUUUGAGGUCAGGAAAUCUGGAUUCAGAUCAUGGGAUCGUUGCCAGUAUUACUUUCUUUCAGCUGCUUGUUGCAAAGAUGAUUUUGGUGCUUCAGUCAUCCAGGCUAACAGUACAAACAUCUGUCAACUUAUCCGACCAGAAUUUGAUUACACAGUAUUCAUGGACCCAUAUCAAGAUUGGUGUGUUGUUAUCAUGCUGCAUUCCAUGGAAUGUUUUAUUAUGUAUAAUUAUCCGAUGCUAAACUUACACUGGAUCCCAAGUAGAAUAUUAACUAUGAGGUUAACCUCACAUUUAAGUGCUUAUAUUGACUAACUAGUGCUCCAGCUCCAGGGAAACACCCUCUGCUCUGCUAAAUGUUGUCUUCCCUUUGAAGAAGGGAGUUUUAGAAACAGCAGCAUGAGCCUUGCACAAUAAUCUCAUUGUGUUGAAUUUAAACUGGCAUUCAAGCUACGCCAGCGUGACACAGAUGACAUGACUUGGACAUUGUGGUUCUCAGCUCUCUAGAUCAGAUUCUCUGAAUGUGAUCCAAGUUUAAAACUCUAAAUUCCAACAUUGGUGUGUUUUGCUGGCAUGCAUCUACAGAUUAAACAAACACUCCCGCUGCUGCUGCUGCUGCUGCUUCUUAGGUAUUUUGUUCACUCGACCUCUAGUCAGCUGAGUGUGCUCCACCAGACCUUGGGUGUGUUUUCAGCAUGCCGCCCACUCACUGUUGUGUUAUUCCCUUCAAGUAGCCUGACCUUUAGAUUCAUCCUGCCUCUAGAUAGACUCUGAUUCUCUCAGGGACAAUGCUCGCUCUUCAUGUGACUCUCCAGUCGCGAUGUAAAGGGCAGAAACACUGUGAUUGUAACCCAGCUACAACACAUGGCCUCCUAGAUAAGCCUUUGGUCUUUGGGGUUUUGUUACAUGGGCGGUUGCUGCCAUAUAGCAUGGUUAGACCAUGCGUGCAUGCUUUUCUGUACAUCAUGCUGUUCAACAACAGAGCUGGCCCCCAAUGUAUGGGUUAAAAAAACAGCAACGGGGACCUCCUUACUGUCCUUGUGUGGCUGUAUGAUAAAACAUUUCUCGUCCAAGAUUUGCCGGUACUGUGUUUGAGUGCAGUGUGUUAAGACAAGAGAGGCCAGAUUGCAUCAAACUAUGAAGUGUGGUGAUCAGACUCUCUAGGAAUGUGUUUGUGUAAUCAGGGAACAACAAAAUUUCUGGGAAACCAUAUCAGGGCCGUGAAUCUAAACCCGUUCUGCAAAAGUUCCAGUUUGGGGCCUAUUUUGUAUCCCAUGAUGACAAUGAGAAGUAUUUCAGUUCGCUUAUUUUCAGUAUUUAGUAUUAAUGCCAGCAAAGCCAUAAAAGACAACCUAUCAGUACACAUGGCACUGCUAGCUACAAGUAGCAUGCAUACGAUGUGAAAGCAUUUGUAGCUAAAUGUCUUAUUAUCUGUUGUGUUUAGCCGAGUGAAUGAAGGCCACAGAACCAAGCUACAACACAGACACAGAAGACUUCCUGCAGAUAGGAAAUAAAACAGUUUGUGCCGCUCUGUGGAGGAGUGACGAUCAGGAAUGACGGUCUGCUGGGAAAAGAUAUGCUCUUUUUUGAAGGAAAGAUGGUUGAGUGUUGGUUCAGAGGUCAACCCAAACUACCAGAUGCUUCCUGAUUGUGCACAAAUAUCCCACUCAAAAAUGAUUGUCAUUGCCGAUGACAGUUUGAGCAGACUAUCAGUGGAAACAGUUCUUAGAGUCCGCAAGAAGAGUCGAGCUUUGAAUAUGCAACUGUUUGUCCGCUGAAUAAACUCUGAAUCAUAUAUCUUCUGCUUUAUGAUUUUGCCUGAUCAAGAGUAAACUGAUGAUGUAUGUAGAGACACGUUUUUCACAGUUCAGAUUAUUAUAUCAAAGCACCAGUCUAGGCUUUUUUGAGGGGGCGAAUGUUGACUUGUUUGUAUUUAUGACUUUGAUCCCUAGCCAAAGAUGCCAUAAUUUCUAAUAGACCUCCUUUCUCCAAACAGUCACCAUUGAUGACAUCGAUGCAGUGCGCAAGGGCCGCCAAUCUGAGGGUCUCAACAAACACACAGACCCCAGUGUUGAAGAUCAAUGCUUUGCCAUUAUCUUCAAGGGCCGCAAAAGGAAUCUAGACCUGAUGGCGGCCAAUGAGGCGGAAGCCAGACAGUGGGUCGACGGCGUGGAGAAGAUCAUCAACAACAUGAGAAACCUCAGCCACCAGCAAAAGAGCGAGCAGUAUCCUUGAUGAACUCUAGCAGGGAAAUACUUUUGCAUAAGUGAUUCUUAUACAUGUGUAGUCUGAAUUUUAGAGUUCAUGUGAUGAGCAAAAUCAGGUGGUUAACAAUUUUAAGGGGUGACAUCACAGUUGCCAUUGGUGCCAUUGUACAAGAAUCAGCUUGAUGUUGUGUUAGCAAAGUCAAGAUCAAGAUUUUCCAACUCCCUGGAAAAAAUCAGAAACAAUGGAUCCAAAAAGCAACUCUUUUCUUUUAUCCCUCCUCUUGAGGAAGGAACUAACAAAGCUUGCACAUUUACUUUUAACAGUCUGCAUCCUGAUCAUAUUUGGGCAAACGUAAAACCUGUUAAUCACAAGUAAACCACAAAGAAACUGGUGUGAUUUAUGUUCAUAACUCUGAAGUGAGACAAAAGAAGUCUGUUUGUAAAGAGGUCUGAAAAUGAGACUCAUCAGAAACAAAGGAACAAGCCCUGUCCUGGGAAAUGUAAUGAACCAAGGAAAAAUGUCACUUGUUUUGCAGAAAUAUCUGAAAGGGCAGAGUUUGCUUCGCUUUUGCCCCAAGCAUACAGUUGCUAUUGAAGUUGCUGAUUGGACAGUGAAGAAUGCAGCAGAGAAAAAAAAAGUCUUGACUUACAGCUGGUUUUGCUGGAAUGCCUGAAAAGUUGGCCAUCAUUCCCAGAGGCUUAUAUAAGAUAAUAGCCAGUUGUACAGCAGGUUCUUUGGUAAUAGUAAAAAUAUAUGAAAUCCUUACAUUUGAAUGUUAGCUGGAUCAUCAACUGCAUGAGGAAAGCGGAUAAGAACGAUGACAACAAGAUGACGCUAAAGGAGCUGAAGCACUUCCUGCGACACAUCAACGUUGAAGUGGACGACACAUACGCUGAGGAGAUCUUCAAGGUUAGCCCCUACAUCAUUCACAUACUCUACUUAUUUACAUUAAGCCUAGCGUCUCAUUCAAAUAUGUCUAAAAUCAUGUAUGAGUGAUUGAUUGAUUGUAAUGUGUUGCACAGAAAUGUGACACAUCCAAUUCAGGGUCCCUGGAGGGCGACGAGAUCAGACACUUCUAUGACCUGCUCACACAGCGGGAGGAGGUUGAUGUGAUUUAUGGAAAUUGUGCUAAAACAGAGGGUCAAAUGAGCGCCAGAGACGUGCUCGGCUUCCUCUUGAAUGAGCAGAGACAACAGGCAUCGAUGGAGGACGCUCUCAGGCUGAUUGAAAAGUACGAGGUGGAUGAAACAGGUAGGGUUGACUUGAAAUCAGAAUCAAACAUCUUUUGGGGAUUUUAUUGUUGAAAAUAUGGUUUCAUGCUGAUUGAGUCUGUCUUCUGUAUUUUAGCAAAGCAGCAGAAUCGCAUGACCAAAGAUGGCUUCAUGAUGUACCUGCAGCAUGAGGAUGGCUCCAUCCUAAACCCAGCCCACAAAGAAGUGUACCAGGACAUGAGCCAACCCCUAAACAACUACUACAUCUCCUCUUCGCACAACACGUACCUGAUGGAGGACCAGCUCAAGGGACCCAGCAGCACAGAGGCCUACAUAAAGUUAGUCCAACAUUCGUUUUUUUAUCAAUGCUUCAAACUUGUCAUAAGGAAGUCAACUACUAAGGUAUUAACAAUACCACAGGGGAGUCCAUUCCCAGGUCCCAAGGUUUACUCUGUCAUUUAAACUUUAGGAUGCACAAACAUCGUAGAAGUCAGUUCGUUCAGGAGUUCAUAGAGAGGGUACUGCUGAUUAUAGUGGUGUGCUGGUUUGCCUUGAUGUUGUUUUCUGUCCUCGCAGAGCUCUGAUGAAGAGCUGUCGUUGUGUGGAGCUGGACUGUUGGGAUGGAGCAAACGGUGAGCCUGUCAUCUACCACGGCUACACACUCACGUCCAAAGUGCUCUUCAGAGACGUCAUCAAAGCUAUCAAAGAUUACGCCUUCAAAGUAUGUCCAACUAUGUGUUACUCUUAUUGAUCGUGUUCCCUUUUUUGCCCGCGUAGAGAGACCGAGUGCUGCUGAAUGAUGGUUUCCUUUGUUUUCACAGACGUCAGAAUACCCUGUGAUCCUUUCUCUGGAGAAUCACUGCACGGUGGAGCAACAGAAGCUCAUGGCUCAUUACCUAAUCUCCAUCCUGGGUGAUGCUCUGGUCACAAAACCCCUGGGCGAUACAAUGCCGUCAAACUUUCCCUCACCUGAGGUAUAUGGUCUGAAUUUGAACUCACUGAUUCUUAUCAUUUUACACUCACAGUGUUUACCACCUUGCUGUAGAUACCUUUAAAUAUGUAUGCAUACCUAACCACUCUAGCUGAACAAGGAAUUUCAUAACAAUGCAUUUUUAUUUGUGUGUGUUUGUGCAGGAGCUGAAAGGAAAGUUCCUCAUCAAAGGAAAGCGACUGAACAAGCUGGAUGCUGCGUUCAAUAAUAACAGCACCAUCGAGGAAGAUACUGUGUCUGAGGAAGACGAGGCUGCAGACAGUGAGAAUGGACAGAAAGCCAAACCAAAGGUGAGUCAAGCCUGUCCUAUUUAAACAAAUAUCCUUGUUUUAGUCAAUAACACUCACACUUUCUCUUUUCUUCAGAAAUCAAAAAUUAAACUCGCCACAGUGCUCUCAGACAUCGUCAUCUACUGCAAGAGCGUCCACUUCCACGGCUUCGAACACGCCAAAGAAAACCAGGACUUCUAUGAGAUGUCCUCCUUCAAAGAGAGCAAAGCUUUCAACCUCGCAGAUACUUCAGGUAAACACCACAUCUCACCAACUUCACUGACAAAUUCAAUCACUGUGACUCAUAAGAAGAGUUUGAAAGUUUGGCUCAAGUGUGUUCAAAGAUUGUUGUUGUGAUAUUCUCUCGUAGGUACUGCCUACAUUCAUCACAACAUGGACAAACUCAGCAGGAUCUACCCCGCUGGCUCCCGAACAGACUCCUCCAACUACAACCCAGUGCCCAUGUGGAAUGUAGGCUGCCAGAUAGGUAAACUCCAACAUCAUCUGCAUACAGACAAAUCCUGCUAAUACUACAAAAAAGUGUUAUUUUCAUAUCAAGAGUAACACCCUCUUUCCAUUUUCCUCUUGUCAUCAUUGUAGUGGCGUUGAACUUCCAGACGCCCUCCAAGGAGAUGCACAUAAACCAGGGUCGCUUUCUGCCUAAUGGCUUUUGUGGCUACAUCCUGAAACCAGAGUUUCAGAGAAGCCUGUCCUCACAAUUUAAUCCCAACACACUAACCAAAGGGCCAUGGUUACAGAGGAAGACCUUCCAUAUCAUGGUGAGAAUGUUUUCCUGGUUAGAUACUGAAGUUCUUCAUAUUUUCAGCAUGCUUCAAGUGCAUUUCUGGGGCCUAACAAACACUUUAAAAUCUCUUAAAAUUCUUGAAAUACUCUAUUGAGAAAAAAUUACAUAGGUUGUUUACAACCAUAGUUACAAGCUUUAAGUCUGCCUUUCACAUUGCAAUAUUUUUAAAACAACCUGUUUCUGAAAGCAAGUGAAGUAUCAACCCCAUGAGCAUGAAAUGCACAGUGAUCAGGUUCAAACAAAGUGAUUCAACUACGCAGGAGGCAUUUCAUGAGAGCUGACGACGAGUUCAGAGGCUCCUCACGCAGUUAAUAAAAACCUGUACACCAAGUAGCAGGAGUGCAGCCAAGUUAAAGAACGUGUUGUGUUUGUGUAGCCAAAUAAGUGUUUAGAUAAGCUAAAGUGGUAGGGAUGACUUAGCUUUGUUUGUUUAUAUACAGUUAUUGUAUAACUGUCCACUGAAAUAAUACUACACUGGAGGUUAUGCCAUAGUAUUCAGUAACGUCAAAGCUGUGAUUUUGUUAGUACAUCAACCUCUUUAUCAUGUGUUACUGCUCAACCAACAAAGUGGAAUUCUCUGAAAGCCAACAUUGUAACGUUGAAACUCAGUUGUUUACUUUGAUUGUGUCAUGCCCUUGCAGAGUUAAACAAAGAAAAAGACCCAAAUGCAGGACAGAAGAAUGAUUCAUUUAAAAAGAACUAAAUAAGAAGCAACAAGAACUUACUCUAACUGUCCAAUCGAAAAAAUCCCAAAGGCAAAAAACACAAGGAGCAAAUCCAAAAGUUAAAAAGGGGACUGGGGAAAGAUCACAUUGAGACUCACACACAAAGACAUACAUACAAACACAAUAAACCGACAAAGAAACAGGGGAAGACAAGGACUAUAUAUACACACACAAGGAAACAAGCAACAGGUGAGACACUGAGACACAGGUGCAGACAAUUACAGAGGAGGGAAAACUGAGGAAGUAAAACAAGACUAGAAACACAGGAAAUAAACUACUACAAAAUAAAACAGGAAACAGGGGGUCAGACACAAACUGAAAACUCACAAGACAGGACUACAGGGGAACAGGAACAAUAGGGAACAGAAACAUUAAGGAAAAUCACUAAGAAAAUACACUCAGAUCACAAAACCUGGGAAAAACUAAAUAAACAGAACAUAUCAUGACAAAUUGUUUGUUAAUGGUUUACUGCUCACUCUUGUCACUGUUUUUGUUAUAGGUGAUCUCAGCUCAGCAGUUACCAAAACUCAACAAGGACAAACAAAAAUCCAUCGUGGACCCUCUGGUGAGGAUUGAGAUCUUCGGAGUACCGGCAGACAAUGCCAGCAAGGAGACACACUACAUUGAAAAUAAUGGUGAGCAUAAACAGAAACAGAAAUGGACACACACUGAAUUGUGCAAUGCGUGAUUUGACAAUAAUGCAUCCUUGCAGGGUUCAACCCCAUGUGGAAUGAGAAGUUCGAGUUUGACAUCCACGUCCCAGAACUGGCCAUGGUGCGAUUUCUGGUGGAAGACUAUGACUCAACAUCUCAGAAUGAUCUCAUCGGGCAGUACUGUCUGCCGCUAACCAGUGUACAGAAUGGUAAGAGAGCUGCUCAGGUCUGGGUCUCCUUUGUCCAAUUUUACGUUUCACCAAAUGUUUUCAAUGACCAACAAGUCAGGGUUACUUGUGGGUUACUCCUCUAUUAUAGUGGAAUCUUGUGGUUAAAUGUGCAGAAUGUGCAGAAUGUAGUUUUGCAUUGUCUCUCAAGGUCUCCCCUGACAAAAGCAGUGUCUGGACGGCACCAUAUGUGCAGUCCAGAUGUGUAAGCUACCCAUGCCUUGAGCCCUUAUGUGUUCAUGCCAUCACUGAUGCUGGCUGUAAUCAAUCAAAUACAAAUGAUACAAAUGUUUAAAUGAUUUGCAAACUAUCAAAUUUAGUUUUUACUCUCAACCUUUUUGGAACCAGGGUUGCAUUUUGAUAGUGAUUUGUUGACUUGACUAAAACUCACUUCCCUUAUUUCCAGGAUAUCGCCACGUCCCGCUGCUGACUAAGAGAGGAGACGUCAUCUGCUCAGCCGGACUGUUUGUGCACCUUAUGGUCAUUGACGCUGAGUAGGCACCAGUUUGGUGUAACAUCAUUUGGAGAAUUUUACGGAUUUUUCCAGUUAAAAAGCUAAGUAGUGUAACUGAUCAAAAGUUUCUUGUGGGAAAAAAAAACAAGCCAUCAGCCUCAGAGGCUGACUCAUUCUUUUCUGUGUAACAGUUUCUGAUAAUUUUGACUUUAUAACAAAAUGUUCUAAGAAAGCCAGAGGUGAAAUGUGAAUGAGAGGAGUGAAUGAGCGGUAUCAAGCAUUAUUUAAAGAGAGUCACUAAACUGUAUUUGACAUAGGCUACGUUCACACUGCAGGUUAUGAUGCACA